GACUGUGAGAUAUCGUGUGAUAUCAGUCGACAGAGAAUGUCAUAACAUUAUGAACUGAAACAAGCAAAGAAAGUCUGCAUAAAGUGAGUAUACCUGUCUGUGAUAAUAAGGACUGAAGCUGAACUGUGAUCUAAGCUAUCUGUACAUACGAGACCAGAAUUCGACAUUUGAAUAUAAACCAACUGUGAUACUAAAACAUCAACAAUGGCUGUCACAACAAUGCUAACAAGAGGGUCAGUGCUGUUUUUCGUGGGUGUGUUCUUUGCACUGGUGUUGAACUUCCUGCAGAUCCAGAGCGAGUCUUCAGUAGAGCUUCACUCUUUCUUUGAUGAAGUUUUACAACUGUUUGCCUCAGCUUGGUGGGUCCCGUUAGGCUGUGGAUUAGCGGCAGCUUUUAUUGGCCUGGUGUACCCUUUACUGGACAAGCGUCUUGGUGAGCCGAACAUGUGCAAGGGAGAGUGGUCCAGUGUCAUGCGCUGUGUGGCAGUGUUUGUUGGAAUCAACCAUGCUAGUGCUAAAAUUGACUUUGCCAACAACAUGCAGCUGUCUGUAUCCCUAGCUGCCAUGUCCAUUGGCCUGUGGUGGUUGUUUGACCGUUCCAAGAGUGGUUUCGGGCUUGGUGUAGGAAUAGCUGUCUUAGCCACACUUAUCACACAGCUGCUUGUUUACCAUGGAGUGUACAGGUACACGAAGGCAGAAUUUCUCUUCAUAAGAUCCUGGUUACCAUGUAUUGUGUUUUCUGGUGGAGUAACUAUGGGAAACAUUGGCAGACAGCUGGCUACAUAUGACGGUCAAGACUCUGAGGAUUCCAAGCUUAAGAAAGACUGAGAGCAUUCUUCAGACCUUGCCAACAAGAAAACAUUUAAUGAAAGAAAUACCAAAAAUGUAUUUGCCAUAUUGUGUUCAACAGCUGGCCAUAUGCACUGCUGACCAAUCAACAGCUGCUUUAAUUAGUUUCAGCUUAAUGCUGACUGUAAGCUUAGAUCUGAUUGGCCAAUUGAUGUUCAUCACCCAAAGGCUAUAUGAAAGGUUACAUCUAAUUGGUUCCCUGUCGGAACUGAUAUAGUCACUGUUGGUGAACUGAGACAGGUCAGAUUUCUUUGACCAGUUCUUUCAUCUGUAGGAGACUGUUGUCUAGUUUCUCUAUGCUAUGGAGAAGAAGCAUUUUAAGGAUGCCAAAAUGCUAUGACCAGCUGUCCCUUCUGGAAACCAUGAGCCCUGUUUCCCAAAUGGUCAAUCGCCAUUGGAAGAGAAGCAUAUUAGGAAAUAAUACUGCCACGACACAGAGUUUUUAAGUCUAUGGGAAACAGUUUAUCUGUUACCCCAAGCGAAGGAGAGGAAGUGUUUUGAGAACUAGUACUGUGUUAUAAUUACACUAUGCUAUUUCAAUAGUUUUCCUUCUGCAGAAAGAUUGUGUUCAAAUAGCCGGAGGUAUUCAUACCAAUAAGAUGUAAUAACAAAUUUCUGAGGAAUUCAAAUUUCAUAUGAUUGCACAAUUUAUUUAUUUUCUUGAGGAAAUUUUUCAAAUGUUUCGACACUCCUUUUCUUUAUAAUAGUUUUACAUAAUUUGUGUUGUGAAUUCUUCCAUUCAAUUGUAUAAAAAAAGUUUAAAUCUAUGAAAUUUCACAUUAAUUUACUUGAUGAAUGUUUGCAUUUGGAAAAAGAGUUGAUUUGUAGUACUAUACCUUAAACAGCAACUCAACAUCACACUAACUCCAUUGUAACUUGAGCAGUGUUCAACAAAUACAUGGGAUAUGUCAAGAAUCAAUCUUUGUUAUAAAUUUAUUGAGUUGAGAGCAAGACUGCAACUUGAAACACAAUCAUCAUUUGUUGAAAGUGUUCCUCAGAUAUUAAUUUAAUGUUUUAAUGUUCAAAGAAAGCAUUCCAGCUGCAGCAGCAUGUGAACUCGUAAACUUUUAUGUAUUGUAGUUAAUAUCAUAUUGUCUGAUCCAACAAUACAAUUCUCAAAAUUCACAUCUUCUCUUCACCCUUGGAAUACAUGUGAAAAGAUUAGGCUGUGAUAAAACUGAACCCACUGUACACAGAAGAUGCAAGAUAACUUAGUUUGGAAACUUUUGCAGAAAGGCUUUCAGAAUCAAGGUUAAUUAACCAUUGCCAUUGUUACCUUCAAGGGUCCAAAUAUACUGUAUAAGCAUAGGUAUUUAUCAGUUAUUUUUGCCAAUGAAAUGAGUAUCUGCAAGCAUUAGAUUUUGGUGAUGAUGUAUUCCAAGAGUGCAGUGGAGAUGUUAUCGAGUGUAGAAUCAUUGAAUUUUGAAAAUGUGUUGUGUUGACAUUUUUACAUUUUUUUUUGUUAAUUACCAAAGGGUCAACAUGGUUGGUUGAUUGCCGUUGCAGAAACUGGUACUUUGUGAUGUGCAAUCUUUUUUUUUUUUUUUGUUCUUAAGGUUCAUUAAUAUAAACCUAGGUCAGACUUGGUAGUCAGGAAAACUCAUCACGGAUGCCAAGGAGAAAGACUUUAUUCUCACAUCAUUUUAUAUUACCUCAGCAAUGUGGGAGAUAUUGUUGUUUUAUUUUUGUUCAUGUUCUAUUUUUUGUUUGUUUGGGAACAGAAGUUUUCCCGAUACCCAAUAAUUAUCUUCAUCGGGACUUUAUGCCAUUACUUAAUAUUUUACACAUAACAUAUUCAUAUAUAUACUCUCAUAUAUUUAAUGUGUGUUUGAAUAUAGCCAGUGGGGUAUAUCUGCACAAAUGUGUUUGGGUAUUCAUUUCAUGUGAAAGUUUUUUUCAUUAGACUUUGCAAAUGAGUGAUAUGUUUAAAAGUUUCAUUGUUAAGUAGAUUCUACAUGCCUCAGUGGUAGAACUAUUUUGAUGUGAAUGGGAGCACAGUUAUGUAUGUGAUUGAGAGUUGUCUCCCUUCUCGUGGUAGGUUGACUGACAAAGAGUAUUUAUAGAUCAUGGAAGUUGAAACAUAUAUGGAAUUGAAUGGCAGCUGGCAUGUGUGUUCAUGUAUGACACAUAUUGUACAUUUUAAAUUCAGUGCGAGGAAGAUUUUGUGUGGGGACUGUGAUAUUAUUAGAUUAAAUAUGUGGAGGCUCGCGAUAUCACAAAGUAUAGAUGUGUCGCUGAUGUCUGACUGUACAUUUGUAUGCAUGUACUAUAUUCAGCAUAAUUUGCACCCCAGCACUCAAAAAAUUACAUAAAAAGGGAAUGUAAAUACCUUAAAAAGAGUACCACACGAUCUUGGGCUGGUCUGGAAUCGGAUAGGGGAUAUAAGGGGCCCCUUUUCACAAAAGUCUUUAUUAAAUAAAGAGGUUGGAGUGGCUAUAUUCUGAGCAGGGAUGCUAUUUAUGAUGAAUAUAGUGCACAAUUAAAGCAUCAAAACUCAACACUGUGCAGAAAAGAAAAGUGUGGAUAUACAUGUGCAGUGUGUGUAAAUGUGUACUGUAAAUUGGGAUUGUACAUGUGUAGUGUGUGUAAAUGUGGACUGUACAUGUGCAGUGUGUGUAGAAUUAUAUUAAGCAUGCUUAAUGUGGAACGUUUGUAUAAUGAUUAUACUGAUUAUACACUGGUGGGGAUUAGGUGUUAAAUGUGUACAAGAAUCGUGUGUAUUAAUAGUUUUAAUUCAAUCAUGUGUACGUCAGUUUGCAUACGAUAUAGAAUUAUAAAACUUUUUGCAAUGUAAGUCUGAUAAUAUAUUUUAUGAAAACUUGCUUUCAGAUUUAGUGGUUGUAAAAGGAAUUCUAAAAAUAUUUUCCAGUGAUAUAAAUUAUAUAAUGUUUCAUGCUAAAUUUUAUCACUAGAACUGAAUUCAGAAAAUGUAAUGGCAGUAUGAAAACCAUAAAUCAUGGAAAGUAAAAUAUCAAAAAAUGUGACAUUUGUAUUAGUUUUAUGUUGUAUGAAUUGAAUGAGAGCCGUGUACACAUGUACUAUAUUUGUACCACAUGAUGUGUGUUGUGUACAUAUGUUGUUACACCUGAUCUGAGGGUGAAAUGAUAAAUAAAAGUAAAACAAAU